AUGACGCUCCUGGGAACUAUGAAUCAACUCCCUUCUCUUGACAAUUUAGAGUACUACAACGAAUUCGACAAGAACAUCGACGAAACAGCACCAUGUGCAGUCGAUGAAGCCGCAAAGCUCGUCCCCACCGAUUGCGACAGCCCCGAAUACGUCCCGCGUCUCAAGAGCUUGGUGACCCUGCUGGUCAGAAGGUUUCGGCGGACAGCUGCCAUGGAGGAUCUGCAGCACGCUAUUCUUCGCGCCCUUGAGAUGGUAGUUAAUACGCCUCGCUGCCACCCUGAUCGUGCGGCUCAGACCAAAGACUGGAUUAACAUGACGCUGGAAAUGGCCGGCCUGAAGGGUUUCAAGGACGAAGACCUUGAAGAAGUGUUUGAGAUGGCUCAGCAAAUGGGCGUGACGGUCAAAAUGAUUCGAAGGGGACACGACCAUGCCUCCGAUGAGGGCGAGUUGACCGCGGCAAGUCUUCACAUCCGGUAUCAGGGAUUGCUUUCUAAUAUGCGGGUUUCGGGUUCACAGCUAGAGCAAAUUGAUAUUUUCGACGAUGAAACGCUCACUGAAUCCGUUGACGUGCUCGAGGUCGUAGGCAAUGGACGUGUGGCAGCCUGGUCCGGAUAUCGACUCUACAAAAGGUUCGACACGACAGACUCAAUGGAUGAUCUCAACAGCGCCAUCGAAUUAUUAGAAAGGGCACUCAAGUACACGACCCGAAGUGAUCAUGAAUCCGACGCGCGACAAAUCCGCUUGACCAACCUCGGCGGUGCUUAUGGAGAUCGGUUUGAACGCACAGGCUGGAUACCUGAUCUUGAACGUGCCAUCGAACUUACUACGGAAGCUUUGGAUUCCAUGAACGAGUCCUUUGUCGAUGCCUUCAAGUUGGAUUCGUUAGCUUGCUCGUUCUCCGGCCUGGAGACUUGGCUAAGUGUGCGCUUCGAACGGUUCGGUUUAGUUGAUGAUCUUCACAAGGCUCUUGACGCCGCGGAAAUGGCCGUCAAUCUCACACCGCGUGACAGUCCCUGGUGGCCAGGCCGCAUGAACGACGUCGGGCUGCGUUUAAGCGAGCGAUUCGACCGCUUUGGCGACAAAGAGGACCUCGAUCGGGCUAUCGAAUGCAUGGAGAUGGCGGUGGCCGCUACGGUGCAAAGCGAACAGAGUCUACUCAAGAAUUUGACCAACCUCGGCAACCAUCUCCACAGUCGAUUCAAGUUCACCAAUGCUGCCGCGAACCUAGAUCGCGCCGUGGAGGUUCUUGAAAGGGCUCUCGCCAUGUCGCCGCCAAAUCACUUCUUGCGUUGCAUCAACUUGAACAACCUCGCUGUCACCCUUGAGGAGCGCUUUCAGCAAUUCGGCAGAGACCACGAUCUCGACCGUGCUAUCGAUUUGGUGAGAACUGCAAUUGAUGAAACUCCCAAAAGCCACCCUGGCCGUAUAGAUCGGAUCCAGAAUCUUGGACUCUGGCUCGACAGGCGAGCUCGGCAGAGCGGGUCAAAGGAUGAUAACAGUCAAUCUAUCGCGGCUAUCCGUGCAGCAAUCGAAGCCCUCCCACCAGAUCACCCAAAGCGACCUCGUCUACUUGACGGGCUUGGGGGCGCCUUGGGUUUGCGAUUCGAAAUGACUGCUUCCAUGAUCGACCUUGAAGAUGGCAUAGCAGCAGCAAGAGAAGCAGUCUCCUCCACACCCGCCACCCACCACCAACGCGCAGGCUUCUUGAACAACCUGGCCAACUUGCUCGGCGACAAAUCCGGGUGUGAAGGGAGCUCAUGGCGUUUCACAAAGGCCACAAACGCUCCAGAGCCAAAAUCCAGCGCCGCACUUGAUGAAACGAUAGAGAUCUUGAGAUUGUCGAUCAAUGCUACAGAGGAGCGGCAUACCGAUCUACCUAGUCGGCUUUCCAAUCUGGGAAACUGGCUUGGGUGGCGGUUCCGACGAGGCGGUUCAACGAAUAUGGACGACAUCGAUAAUGCUAUAGAGGCAACGAAAGAAGCGGUCGAGAAAUUCCCGCGAGCAAACCCCGCAAGAGCGGGAACGCUGGACAAUCUCGGUUGUUGGCUCCUGGAUCGAUACCGUCAGACAGGUAACGAAAAGGACCAGACUGAUGCGCUUGAAUGUUUCAAAGAGGGCUGGAGGUUGCAGAAUGCUGCACCUUUCGUUCGCAUCCGCUUGGCCACAGAUGCAUCUCGAAUUCUUGCCGCACGUUCAGAUUGGAAAGAGGCAAACCAGUUACUGGAGGGAGCAAUCAAUCUCCUGCCUGCUGCCACGCCCCGGUCUUUGCAACACACCGACAAGCAAGAUAUGCUGGCAAAGUUCACGGGCUUGGCCUCUACGGCUGCUGCUGUCGCUCUCAACGCUGGCAAGAGCGCGUAUGAUGCUCUGAGGCUCCUGGAGCUGGGUCGUGGCAUUAUCGCCAGUCUACUGCUGGAUAUGCGGGGAGAUAUCUCGGACUUGAAAGCAAAACAUCCUUCUUUGGCAACUGAGUUUCUCUCCCUCCGAGACGAAUUAGACUCGCCUGGAAACUUACAAGCCUCAGCAAACUCUCAGAACGAUGUUGGUGAUAUCUCUGCAUGGGAGUUGCAAGCAAGAAAGAGGCGUGCAACGGAGAAAAGGUUCGGUGAGCUCGUUCGAGAGAUCCAGGCACAGGAUGGGUUUCGCCACUUCUGUGGUGUCCCGGACGAGGACGAGUUCAAAGCCGCGGCGGUUUCAGGGCCUCUCGUGGUCAUCAAUGUGGCGCGUUAUCGAUGCGAUGCAUUCCUUAUUCAACACGACAGCAUCAGCGUCUUAGAGCUGCCUGAUCUAACCAAGGAACACGUCCAGCAACGCCUCGGGAGUCUCAAGCUGUCUCUUGCAGGGCAUCUGGAUGGCAUGAAUGAGCUCCUGGAGUGGCUCUGGGCGUCGACCGCGCGUCCAUGUCUUGACGCCCUCAACUUCACGAGUUCGAUAUCCGGUAGAAGCCUGGCAGAGUGGCCGCGUAUCUGGUGGAUUCCAACCGGACUGCUCAGCCACUUCCCACUCCACGCAGCUGGAGAAUACCGGGAGCGCAAAGGAGAGACGGUCCUUGAUCGUGUUAUGUCGUCCUAUGCGCUAUCCCUAAGGUCAUUGAUCCACGGGCGGCGACAUAACACCCACAACGAACCAGACCAGUCGUCGGUCGAUUCUGCCCUCUUACUGGCCAUGCCGACAACACCCAACAACGGGAGCCUGUUCUGGGCCCAACAGGAGGUGGACAUUGUGGCUAGCCUCUGCCCGUCGCUCAAGUUGCGGAGCAGCACACCGAGGCCGUAUAAGGACGAGAUACUGAUGGGCCUACAGUCCUGCAAGGUCUUCCAUUUUGCUGGGCACGGAAAGUCGGACCCCGCAGAACCAUCGCAGAGCUGUCUGCUCCUACGAGACUGCAACGAAAACCCACUCACCAUCGCAGAUCUCCGCGACCAUCGACUUCAGAAGAAGCCGUUCCUUGGAUACCUUUCGGCCUGCUCGACAGGAGCAAACGAAGCGCCAGGACUUGCGGACGAGGGGAUUCACUUGAUCAACUCGUUGCAGCUCGCAGGAUUUCGGCACGUAGUGGGCACGCUCUGGGAGGUCUCGGACCAGCACUGUGUGAAUGUAGCCCGGGUCUUCUAUGAGACGCUCAAGGACGAAGGGAUGACAGACGUGGCCAUUUGUCGAGGGCUGCACCAGGCGACUAGGAUGUUGCGUGACGGCUGCGUCAACACAGAUGUAGGAGAGAGAAAGGCGUUUCCUGUACAUGAAGGGGUUCUCAGCAGGGGCUUGGUGAACCACCACUGGAUCCCUUACGUUCAUUUCGGCGUUUGA